AUGUCUUUAAAUGAAAUAUCUGUUUUAUCAUAUGAUCAACCAUCAAAGAUUUGGAAUAUAGAGUGGUCACCAGAUGGUAAGCUGUUAGCAAGUUGUGGAGAUGAUAAAACUAUACAUAUUUGGAUGGAGGAAAGCGAGAAUAAAUGGGUUGUUCUUCAAAAGUUAGAGGCACACGAGAAGACUGUUCGUCGUAUUGCAUGGUCACCCGACGGAAAAUAUCUUGCCGCUGCAUCAUUCGAUGCAUCUACAUCGAUUUGGGAAGUGAACAACGGUGAAUUCAACCAUAUAUCAACACUCGAAGGUCAUUCCUUCGAAGUAAAAUCAGUGGCAUGGGAUGCAUCCGGUCAACUCUUGGCAACAUGUUCACGUGAUAAAUCUAUUUGGAUAUGGCAAAUGGAAGACGACCAAGAUUUCGAAUGUAUAUCUAUUAACAAUGGACAUAGUCAAGAUGUGAAAUGUGUGAGAUGGCAUCCGAGUUUGGAGAUAUUGGCAUCGGCGUCGUACGACGAUACCAUCAAGAUGUGGCAGGAUACAGAUGGCGACUGGGAGUGUAUCGAUACACUGAGUGCUCACGAAUCAACUAUUUGGGAUAUACAGUUCAAUGCGAGUGGCAAUCGUUUGGUGUCGUGUAGCGAUGAUCGUAGUGUUUGUUUCUGGCGACUCGAUAGCACCACCGGCCGAUGGAAGUUACUCAGCCGAUUGGAAUCGGUACACAGUCGUCCUAUUUUCUCAGUGGAUUGGUCACACAACCAAGAGUUGUCACCAACUGAACAAUUGAUAUGUACAGGUGGUGGUGAUGAUUCCAUCAUCAUUUAUCAUCAAAAACAACAACAACAACAACAGCAAUCCGAUUCAUCUUCUUCAUCAUCAACAACACCAAAUGAAAUCGAACAAUACGAAAUAUUAUAUAAACAUGAAAAAGCACAUAAAUCCGAUAUCAACUCAAUUAGAUGGAAUCCAAAGAAACCAAACAUUUUGGCAUCUUCAGGUGAUGAUUCAACCAUUAAAAUAUGGUCUUUUGUUUGUUGA